AUGCAACUUUUCACAUUCUUCGCAAUCUUCGGACUUGCUCUUGCGGAGACUGGCAUUGACGGCUGGUUGCGAUAUGCUCCAUUACCGUCUUCAAUAUCGUGGCCGUCAGUGCCGAAACACAUUGUCGUCCUAAAUACUACCAAAACAAGUCCUGUUUACACGGCAGGCCUAGAGUUGCAGCGUGGUAUCCAGAGCAUCCUUGGUCAGGACUGCCAUCUUUCGAACGGCAAGCCUGACGAAUCUAUCAUUGUUGGCACGCUUGACGCAUACGUGGCUACCUACGGCAACCUCACUCAAGCUGUGGACCUCAAGGAGGAUGGAUACUGGCUGAGCACGGAAAACAAUGUCGUCCAGAUCAUUGGUCAGAACGAAAGAGGCGCACUCUAUGGAGCGGUUGAGUACUUGUCAAUGCUGGCACAAGCGAAUUUCUCCUCUGUUGCAUAUGCAUCCAACCCAGACGCACCCAUCCGAUGGGUCAACCAGUGGGACAAUCUAGACGGCAGCAUUGAGCGUGGAUACGGCGGUGCCUCGAUCUUCUUUGCAAAUGGCACGAUUGUCAACGAUCUGACUCGCGUGGCUGAGUAUGCGCGUCUACUUGCCUCAGUCGGCAUCAAUGCCAUUGUCAUCAACAACGUCAACGCCAACGCAUCUAUUCUCUCGCCACAGAACAUUGAUGGUGUCGGAAGGAUCGCCGAUACAAUGCGUCCGUAUGGUGUGCAAAUUGGUUUGUCACUUUACUUCGCUUCUCCCACAUCUGGUGUCCAAGGUCAAGCCAAUCUCACCACAUUCGAUCCUCUCGACUCCAGCGUCAUUGCUUGGUGGGGAAACGUCACAGAUCAGAUAUACGAGCGUAUUCCAGACAUGGCUGGUUACCUUGUAAAAGCCAACUCCGAAGGACAGCCGGGUCCGAUCACAUAUAACCGCACCCUUUCGCAAGGAGCAAAUCUGUUCGCGAAAGCUCUACAACCACACGGCGGCAGAGUGUUGUUCCGUGCGUUCGUCUACAACCAGUUAAACGAGAGUGACUGGAGAGCCGAUCGUGCAAAUGCUGCUGUCGAUUUCUUCAAGCCGCUGGAUGGCCAAUUCGACGACAACGUUGUUGUGCAAAUCAAGUACGGGCCGAUCGAUUUCCAAGUCAGAGAGCCUGCAUCGCCGCUGUUUGCAAACUUGUUCCAUACUAACACAGCGAUUGAGCUCGAAGUUACCCAAGAGUAUCUCGGUCAGCAGACUCAUUUGGUCUACCUUCCACCGCUUUGGGAUACGGUUCUUGGCUUUGAUAUGCGCAUUGACAAUGAGACAUCACUGGUUCGAGAUAUCAUUGCUGGUAGAACCUUCAAUCGAUCGUCAGGUGGCUAUGCUGCAGUGGUCAAUGUGGGAACAAAUCAAACUUGGCUUGGAAGUCACCUCUCCAUGUCAAACUUCUACGCUUACGGUCGACUUGCUUGGAACCCUGCUGAAGACACUACUAAGAUCCACGAGGAUUGGACGCGCUUGACAUUUGGUCUUGAUCAAAAUGUUGUCGACACCAUUACCAACAUGGCUAUUGAAUCCUGGCCAGCCUAUGAGAAUUACAGUGGUAAUCUUGGCAUUCAAACUCUGACUGACAUCUUGUACACCCACUUUGGACCUGAUCCUCAAUCGCAAGACAACAAUGGGUGGGGUCAGUGGACUCGAGCCGAUCACACCACAAUCGGCAUGGACAGAACUGUCUCCAACGGUACAGGAUAUGCUGGAACCUAUCCGCCCGAAAUCGCAGCGAUGUACGAGAACAUCGAGAUGACUCCAGACAAUCUGCUCUUAUGGUUCCACCACGUCAACUAUACCCAAAAGCUCAAGUCCGGAAAGACUGUCAUUCAACACUUUUACGAUGCCCACUAUGCCGGCGCGGACACAGCGCAGACAUUUGCUCCUCAAUGGCAGUCGCUCGAAGGCAAGAUUGACAGCCAACGCUUUGACGAACAGCUUUAUCGACUGAAGUACCAAGCUGGCCAUUCACUUGUUUGGAGAGAUGCCAUUGUCGAUUUCUACCACAACAUCUCUGGCAUCGCAGAUGAGCACGGCCGAGUUGGCAACCACCCAUACCGCAUCGAAGCCGAGGACAUGACCUUGAACGGGUACAAAACAUAUGCUGUGAGUCCAUUUGAGACGGCAUCCAACUAUCAUGCAGUCGUUACUAGCGAUAACAGUACGACUGGCUCUGUAUCAACUACUCUACAUUUUAAAUCCGGCACUUAUGAUGUCGGAGUCAAUUUCUAUGACAUGUAUGGAGGAGUCUCGAAGUACGAGAUGUUGAUCAACAACAAGACCAUUGCAACUUGGGCUGGAGACAGUGAAGACUAUCUUGGUCACACGCCUUCGAUCUACUUGGAUGGGCAUUCGGCAAGGAGAACCACCUUCACAGACAUUGCAGUGAAGGAGGGUGAUAUCCUAGAGAUUGUUGGUACACCUAAUGGCAUCGAGCCAGCUCCAUUAGACUAUGUGGUCUUUUUACCAAAGGGAGUCAUUGAUUAA